CCUUGAUUACCACGUGACCGCGCCGCGAUACUUCCGUGCGCGUGGCGGCACCUCCACCGUGCCGCACUACGCUGGGCUGUGACGGGCGGCGCGCGUGAAGGUGUGACUCGUGUGACAACGGCGGCGGGCUGGCGCGUCUGAGUCGCUGGCCGGGCUCCAGGGUCAGCGAUGAUGGAGCUCGGCGACAGGGUGCGCGCCCGGCUGGUGGCGGGCCUGGAGCGGGCCGCGCCGCCCGCGCCCCUGCGCCGCCUCGUCUCCCACCACCGCCGCCGGCAAGGUCAUCACGCCUCCGGACACCCGCCGGGCGCUGAGCCGGGCGCUGAUCCGCUGGAACACGAGCUGCUGCUGCUGCAGGUCCGCCUGCGGUACGGUCGCCACCUGCCCGCCAUGGACGCCGGCGGGACUAGUGAUCCGUACGUCAAGUUCAAGCUGGGCUCCAGAGUGGUGUACAAAUCUGACAUCGCUUACAAGACAUUAAAUCCAGUCUGGGACGAGGGCUUUCAGGUCAUCCUCCGAAAUCCGUACCAGAAGCUUCUGUUAAAGGUGUACGACCAUGACUGGGGCAUCCACGACGACUUCAUCGGACAAGCCAAGCUAGAUUUCUCCACCCUGCCACUGAAUGAAGAGCGGGAGGUCACGGUGGCGCUGGUCAACCCAGCUGUGUCCGGAACGUGCGGCACCAUCACAGUGGCGGUGGUGAUCGCCAGCACCACCCGUGAUGAAAUGGAGGAAGCAAAGCUGGCCGAGAGCAAGCCGCCGGCAGCUGAGAAGGGCACGAAGGGGCAGCCAUGGACUGGUAUCGUGAACGUGGUCCUGGUCAAGGCAAAAGGCCUGUUGGCCAUGGAUGCCGGUCGCACCAGCGACCCCUACGUCAAAUUCAAGCUUGGGAAAGAGAAGUACAAGAGCAGAUCCAUUAAUCAUUCGUUAAGUCCUCGCUGGAACGAAGAGUUCAGACUGCAUCUCUAUAGCCACGGCCCGCACAUCAUUGAGAUGGAAGUAUUCGACCACGAUUUGAAGACUGUGGACGACUUUAUGGGAAAGGCCACGCUCGACCUCUCUGAGCUGCAGAGGGAGAAGACACACAGGCUGUGGGUGAACCUGGAGGAGGGCGCGGGCUCCGUCCUCCUCUUCGUCACCAUCUCCGGAACGACGCAGGUGGAGACUGCCUGCGACCUGCUGGCCUACCGAGAAGACCCGGCCCGCAGGAGGAGGCUUCAGGAGCAGUUUAGUUUGAAGAACACGUGCAGUGAACUGGACCGUGUCGGCCACCUAACGGUGAAGGUGGUGAAGGCGCAGGGCCUGGCCGUGGCCGACCUGGGCGGCACCUCUGACCCCUUCUGCGUGCUGGAGCUGGUCAACCAGAGGCUGCAGACGCACGUCGUGUACAAGUCACUGGCGCCACACUGGAACAAAAUCUUCACGUUGGACGUGAGCGACAUGCACAGCGUUCUGGAGUUCUCUGUCUACGACCAAGACUACGACCACGAGGCUGACUUCUUGGGGAAGCUCGCCAUCCCACUGUUCCAGAUUCGAUCUGGCGAGAGACGGUGGUUUCCGCUCAAAGACGAAAGGCUUCGCAGGAGGGCAAGAGGAAACAACCCGCAGAUAUGUCUGGAGAUGGAAAUCUACUGGAAUCCCGUGCGAGCCGCGGUGCGGACGUUCGCCCCCCGCGAGCGCAAGCACGCCAAGCCAGCGGUCAAGUUCAGCAGGUCGGCCUUCGUGCACCACGUGAACCGACUGAGCGCGCGCAGCAAGCGGGCGUUCGGCUUCGCACAGUUCGUCAGGAGCGUGCUGGCAUGGGAGUCGAAGCCGAAGACGAUCGCGACCUUCGUCUUCUUCAUGCUCAUCAUCUACUGCUUCGAGCUGUACAUGGUCCCGGCAUUCAUACUGGUGGCCGCGGCGCGCGGCUGGAUGGCCCGAGUGGCUUCAUCCAAGGAACAGCAUACCCAGGAGGAUGAGAAUUACAAUGGAGAAGACGAUGAUGACGGUGAUGACGAAGAAAAGGAUCUCAGCGACUCGUGUGAGACGCUGGACGUGGAGUGGCGGUACUGGCGCUACCUACCGGACAAGAAAAAGACGUUGAAGGAGAAGGUGCUGUCGGUCCAGGAGGUGACGAGCCUGAUGCAGAACUGGCUGGGAUACUUUGCCUCGAUGAUGGAGCGCCUGCUGCGGGCGAUAGACUUUACCGUGCCGUUCCUGUCGUGGCUGGCCGUGCUACUGCUCACCGCGACCACCGUCACGCUCUACUACGUGCCUGUGCGGUACCUCAUCAUGAUGUACGGCUGCCUCAAGUUCGCCGAGAAGCCGCUGGAGUUGGGGACCGACCCCGCGUUCGCGCUGCUCCACUUCCUCGACCGCGUACCCGACAACGAGCAAGUGCGCCAGCGCCGGGAGCUGCAGUUAGCGCCGGACAGUGGGCCACAGCGACGUGAGCUGCAGCACGUGAGAUUCAGACCGAGAAAACUGUCCUGACUCUGCUCCGAUGUGUGGACGCGCCACGGCAGGCCGAGGAUUGCACCCACGGGAGCGGCAACGCUGCUAAUAGUCAACUCAGCUUACAGGUUCAACCGCAAGCUACCCAUCAGCUAAUGGGGCCAGCUGUCUGGCGCCGUGCUGUGGAUGGGUCAUGGGUCAUGGGUCAACCGCCUCAUCGAGCACGUUGCGUACUCUAAAAUGCACAUUAUUUAAUGGUCAUUUUCAUACACAUAGCGUCUGAAGUGUGUUAUGCAGUUUUGUACCGGGCCACUUUACGGCACCCCCCCCCCCCCGUGUUGUUGAUAUCACGUGAAUAAGGUCCGCAACGUUCACUGUGUCAUGUGUCAACGGUGUCUUUGUACACGUUUUUGACAUCGUUACGUCACGGCUCAAAACUGUGUGUAUCAGCACAUCAUGAUUUAACUUGGGGAGUCGUUAUGUCAUGGUUCAAGUCGUGGACAUUACCUUUGUCAUUAUUUUCAUGCAGCUUGCGGUCAUGGCAAGAUGCGGCAGAUCGCUCUCGCUUGCACGAAUGGUUUGCAGUUUUAGAACCCUUGCGAAUAGGGCGUACUAAGCUGUGAAUGGGCGCAGUUGUGCGCAGGGGGUGCAAUUCAUCUGUGGUAUGAGUCUGCCAUGUACGAGCACAACAGGAAAUAAACUCCUAAAAAUCGCG